AUGUUUAUAUAUUUAGACGAUACAAUUGAACAAAAAAAUGUAUUAACUCAGAAGAUUUUAUUUAUUAUUGAACGGCUUAUUAAAAAAAUUCGUCAAGAUAUUUAUUUGGAUAAACGUCUUGGACUCAUCACUCAACAUUUAUUACUGUUACAUUUUCCAAAAGAACGAAAAUUAAAAAAUGAGAUUUUAGUAGAAUUAAACGAGAAAAAUUUUCAAUAUAAUCGUGUCUGUGAUAAAUUAAAAUCAACAACAGCUGAACUGCGAGUAUUGAAAAUAGAGUUAGAUGUGAAUAUGACGACAUAUGAUAACUUGAGUCAUCAACUAUUGGUGCUCUAUCGCUUAAUCUAUGUUUGUAAUCAAACUAAUCUGAAUAUAUUUUUGACAAAUCUGACUAAUUUUACAAAAAUUCGUUCACUUGAUGAAGUUGAUAAUGUAGACAUUCAACAACGUACUCUUUAA